AUGCUGGCUACACACCACGUAAUGGUGUUGAUUGGUUCAUUCGUUUCUGUGUCGUGUGCUUCUCAUCAGUGCAAUACAGGCGAGAGAGAAGAGCAGACAACGCUCAUGAAGCACGCACAGCCUUUUCGUUGUUUCCUUGUGGAAUUCAUUAAAACGGGGAACAGUUGCUCAUUUCAAUCUCAAAAACUAGGAUUUUCUCUCAGUUCAGUGGCCACUUGUGAACUUUCAAACACAACAAUUGUAUGUUACUGUUCGGGAGACUGUAAAGAAGAGAUUAAGACCAGCAUUAAGAACAUAAUGAAGAACAGUAUAAGCAGUGAAGAAUACAGUAAUGAUAAUUGGAAAAGUAAUUGUCUUGAAAAAAUGCUCGAGUUCUGGAGAAAUUUCACUUUCACCAGCAAUUUAGAAGAUUCAAAUAUACUCAGGGAAGCACAAUUAAUUAAUAAUCGACGGAUUCAAGGUGAAGAACCUGAAAAAGAGACAAAAUCUCGUGAAAUAGUCGUGAACAGGCUCAAGAGUGCGUCAUUGAAGGCGAAGAACAGCAAAACCACUAGAAAAGUCAACAAUAAAUCCACCAGAAAGAUCAACAAUAAAUCCACUAAAAAGGGCAACAAUAAGUCUACUAAGAAGGGCAACAAUAAAUCCACUAAAAAGGGCAACAAUAAAUCCACUAAAAAAGCCAACAAUAAGUCUACUAAGAAGGGCAACAAUAAAUCCACUAAAAAGGGCAACAAUAAAUCCACUAAAAAGGUCACCACUAAAAAGAUCAACAAUAAAUCCACUAAAAAAGUCACCAAUAAUUCCACUAAACGAUCUAAACGAUCCACUACUAGUGUGCCCACGUCCACUACUUCAACUACGUCCACAUCGGAACCAACAACUACCCCUGAACCAACAACUACCCCUGAACCAACAACUACUCCUGAACCAACAACUACUCCUGAACCUACAACAACAACAUCAUCGACCACUACUUCUUCGACGUCUACUUCGACUUCUACCGUAUCUACUUUUAAACCUAUACCGUUAACUUUGCCACCUGUACGUACGACAACAUCUACACCUAAACCUAGUUCCACUACGAUUACUACCACGAUGAAGCCUACCGUAACAAGAACAAGAACAACAACAACAACAACAACAACAAGGGUAGUUGAAAUAAGACUGAGUCAAAAACUACUACACCAACUACUCGUCGCUCACAAUCAAGAAAAAAAACUAAAUUUUCAUCACCACCAACUAAAAGGGACUUCAGUAGCACAUCGACGAAAGUGGUUGAAACUAGCUUCAAAACAAUCGUUUUCUAACCAGUCCACUAUAGAUCCAAUAGCAUAUGAAAAAGCAGUGGAACAGAUAAAAGCACAGCGAAACUCAAGGAAAAAACUACUCAUGCUCACAUAUCUGAGAGUGAUAUGGUUACUCGGCGGGAUAUCCAUGCUGCUCAUCUUCCAGCUAGUGCUGAUUCAUUGUUACGUACAACAAAAGCAGAGAAGCGAUCGUGAUGUGGAGAGUGGUUCUCGAAAAAAACGAGAAAAAAGAAAACCUUCAAAGAAAAAUAAAAAGUCCAACCGCAGAUCGUUCUUCAGGGAUAAAAUUUUCAAAAGAAUAUCUGCUAGCGGAAAUCGUAAGAAGAAAAAAGAUGAAAAGAGUGAAAUUAAGGAGCAGAAGACACCUGGUUCUCGAGAAGAUCCGAAUUCAACGGGAUCUCGAGAUCCACCAACUCCAGAAUAUCCGGCACCGUUCCGACAUCUCUCGAAUUCGAUUGUCGAACUGAAUCCCACACAAGUACAGGAACCGCAGUCAGUGACAGCUCAAGCACCUCCAAAGGCGCUAAUCAGUCGCGUUGAGUCGCUACCCGGCCAAGUGUCUCCGGUGACGUCGAACCAAAAACCGCCGGCCGCGGCAAGUCCUCCGAAUAAAAGCGGCUUCUCGAAGCCUGAGCAUCCGACAAGGCAGAAGAGAAGGAAGACGGACCCAUCGAAGUCCAUAUAUGUCACUUCGACAAAAAAACCACUUGGUUUCAAAGUUGCGGACACACCGGAGUUUCUUGAAUUGGCCAGCGAUAGCGCUCGUAGAGAAUACAUCGAACUGGAUAGCAAUCUGAACAUUCCGGUAGGAGUGAUGAGAAAAGCUCAGGAUGCAUGGGCGAAAAAAGUCGGUGAUCCCGUAUGGAGUGCCUAUCUCGAACACGUGACCACACAAGACGCAGCAAAAGAAGCGGAAAACAAUCGUAUGAAUGAGAUCGUCGAGAAACUCUCGCCUGCAGCUCAAGAAGCUGACAGAGCGAUUCGAGGAAUUUAUUCCAAUGAAACCCUAACGAGAAAGGAAAUCAAUGCAGAAGUGUCGAAAAAAUUGAAGAAAUUACCGAAAAAGGUCUACAACGAGCUUAUACUUGCUAGUCAGUGA